AUGAAUAUGGGAGAAGUGAAUUUUGUGCAAGCGGAAGAUGCACAACUGGAGAGUACCAGGGCGAGAUUUUCAAAUGUCCUUAAAAGGCAUGGAGCACUAAAAGAGCGCCUUUCUAGGGACUCUGAAAAGACGGUCUUUGAGCGUUUGCAAAGGGAAUUUGAAGCUGCCCGUGCUUCUCAAACUCAAGAAAUAUACUUAGAUGGUGAGCAAUGGAAUGAUGGUUUAUUAGCAACAAUAAGGGAGCAGGUUCACAUGGAGGCUGAAAGAAAGGCAGCACAAUUGUCAGGGGAUACAACUGCAUUGCAGCCAGUACUUCCUUUUCAUGGAAAAAUUACUUAUAGAGCUGGAAAUAAGACAAUUUUCUGUUUGGAAGGAGCAAGGAUUGGCAUACAAUAUGAGACAUCAUUUGCUGGAGAACCUUGCGACUUCUACCAUUGUGUGCUUGAAAGCAAGUCAUUUCUUGAGAAAAUGACUGUUCUUGAACAUACAGUUCCAUUUUUCUUGCCAAUACGUGAAGCUGAAAAUGAUCUUCUCUCUUCAAAUGCAAUGAAAUUCAUAGACCACAUGGGGGAUUUAUUACAGGCUUAUGUUGAUAGACGAGAGCAGGUUCGUCUUAUAAAGGAACUGUAUGGAAAUCAAAUUGGAGAACUUUAUCACAGCCUUUCGUAUCAUAUGGUUGAAUUUGUGCUUGAUGAUUUUGAUUGCAAGCUUACAUUGAGUCUUAAAUACGCGGUGGAUCUUCUGUCCGUAGUUCCAACAGGGGUCAGUGUCCUUGCAUGGCCAAUGCAUGCUGUAACAAUGAACACUAGGGAAAAUGGAGUGCUGGGAACUCAACCUAUUCCAACUCGUUUGUCAUAUGCAGAGGAUGCAUUACGAUCAAUGAGUUUACCUGAAGCAUAUGCGGAGAUCGUUCUGAACUUGCCCCAGGUUCUUAAAGAAAUAUAUCCACAAGAAAAUUUUGCCCAGUGA